GGAUUUCGUACUAGCUGAUAGGCAUGCAUGGAAUAGUACGGUUGCGAACUCGUGCAGGACCACUACAAAAGAAUAUCUCUCUACGAUAUGGAUCACGAAUAAGCAUAUACAACAGAGGUUAUUCGAGUCAGAGUCCAUCCAACACCACUGUCGUUCAUUUACAACGGUCAAACAUCUAUCGGUUUGGUGACUCUAAUAUUGCUACACCUGUUUUCAAGGACGUCGAUUGGGUCAUUAAAGACGAAGAGAGUUGGGCGGUGAUUGGCAGUGGUUCUGGUCAAAAAACAGCGCUAUUAAGGACUCUAGUUGGUCACUUGCGUAUAUCUCCUCCACCCCCACCCCCAGGAGGCCUGUUCCCAUUCCUUUCAGACCCUCCUCGCGACCCCCACCUAUGUGUCUCUUUAGUUUCCUUCGCCCACAGACCACGUUCUGCAGGUGGUGCAUUUUAUGACUACACUGCGCGUUAUGGUGCAGUGCGAGAAGAAGAUCGCGUCACAUUGAGACAGAGCGUGUUUGGGGAGUUUGAUUUCUUGAAUGUCAACCCAAAGGUUGACAAUUCUGUCAAAACACCAGAACAACUUGCCGAAGAAGCGAAUAAAAAACGUAUUUUCGAGGAAAUGUCUGAAAGGCUGGGCUUGUCGUCUCUAUUGGACUUACCGUUUGUUGCACUCAGUAAUGGCCAGACGCGUAGAGCUCGAAUAGUCAAGGCCAUCCUUUCUCAACCAGAACUAUUGCUUUUGGAUGAACCUUUGACCGGAUUGGACGUGAACAGCCGCCCCACACUUCUUUCUGUCUUGCACUCUCUCCAUGUCGCGUGUAAACCCCGCAUAAUCAUGGGAUUGAGGACACAAGACCCUCUUCCGGACUGGAUCAGCCAUCUUGCUGUUGUGAGAGAUGGAAUAGUAAUAACCGGAAAGAAGGAUGAAGUUUUGGAUUUGGAGGCAAACCGAAAAGACAAAAUAGACGAGGCUCGGUCUGUUGGAUCGACUUACACUAGACAAGUACAGGCUGACGACGGGAAGGUGGUGGUUGAUAUGAAAAACGUGAAUGUUGGAUAUCAAGACCGAAAAGUUCUCAAAAGUAUUAACUGGUCGAUCCGAGAAGGUCAGCGCUGGCAUUUACAGGGCGCCAAUGGUUCUGGGAAAACUACUCUUCUUUCUCUCCUUACUGGAGAUCACCCACAAUCAUACACUCAGCUUCCUCCUGCUUCACACCUACAGCUUUUCUCUCGCCCCAGAAAUCGCAUCCCAACACCGCAUCUACGCUCGUUGACAGGUGUCGUCUCACCCGAACUGGGCAACGCAUAUCCACGCAGGCCUGGUGUGAGUGUUUGGGAGGUGGUUGGCACAGGAUUCGAUGGUGCGUUCGUACCAGGUGGGCAAGAUGGUGUUGGAAUUGGACUAGAAGGAGGUCUGAGCGGCGAAAUACGGGCAUGGAGAGUUAAAAGGGUACAAGAGGUGCUUAAGGGGUUGGGACCAGCUGCUUGGGCAAGGGAAGCGAGUACCGAGGAAAAUCAGGAAACCAUCCCGACCAGCGAGCCAGGGCCACUAUGUAAAACAGACGCAGCAUUUGCCAAGCGGGACUUCAUUGACCUCUCCGCUGGCGAACAGAGCAUGGUGCUAUUGAUGCGUGCGCUCGUCGGUUGUCCUCAGCUGGUUCUGUUGGAUGAGGUAUGGAGUGGGAUGGAUGAUGUGAUGAUCAAGGCUGCGCGAAAGUACCUACGAAAUGGAGGUAUUGGGCCUGACCAGGCAGUUGUAGUCAUCAGCCACUGGGAGGAAGAGGUACCAUGGGGUAUUGAGGAUGGAUUACGAAGGUUCAGACUAGACGAUGGGAACGGAAAAGAAGUCUGAGCCCCUCCUUGUAGCUCUUUGAAACUCAAAUACUGCUUGAACGUGGAUCUAGAAGAAUAGAGACUCAUUUAAGGAUCUAUUUGUUGGUUUCAGCGGCAUGAUUCUCCACUCGAACUGUCUACGCAGGCACAUAUAUCUUUACCA